AAUAAGUAUGUUUACAUUACGGGUUUACAUUUUAUUUUUUUUUAAUUAUUUUUAAUGUGAUGAUCAAAGUGUUGAAUUUUAAAGGAAUAUAAACAGCGAAACAUUUAGAAAUUAAAAGGUUCGCCAUGACGGGAGCGGUGGCGGGGUGCUGGAGGCAGUUGCUGCAGUGUGCGAGGACUCCCCAGGUGUCGUGUGUGAGGUACCGCUACCACGCCGACAAGAUCAAGCGAGGGCCGCUGCAGAGACGCUACGGGUACGAGGAAACAAUAUUCCAGGGUGGUUUGCUGCCUCAUGUAGAGAGCGACAAGAAACUGCCCAUGCCCGACUACAAACCCAAAAACGCCUGGAACGAGAAACGCGCCCUGUUCGGCCAGAACGACUACAUCGACAUCCUCGGCAACGAGUCGCUACACCCCACGAGGAUCCUGUACACCAUUCCGUCGUGGCUGAGGGGCGUGAAGGGCAACGAGUAUCAAGUGUUGUUGCGCAAGAGGAAGAUGCUUCGUCAUGGCAUAGUUCCCAUCGCACGGCCCGCAAAGUGGAAGGAAAUCACAAAGAGGAUAGAAUACUUGUACCGUUUCCUCAACAGACAUACAAAAACUGGUUUUUCCAAGCAUCUGUGAGUUAGUUGUACUUAACUUACUUUCUCAGAACAAGUGAGUUCCAUGUUUAGCUAUUGUGUAACUUUGUUUGUAAUAAAAUUAAAAAUAAAGAUUAAAAGAAAGAUUUGUUUGAAGAUUAGCUACCAUAAAAA